UUCAUUUAAUUUCAUUCUGCUACAAUCUACAAUACUAACUUUAGAACUCUAACUUUAGUUGCAGGUCAAGCAAUAAUUCAAACGCGUCUUUAAUUAACAAAUUAAGGUAUUCAAAUUCAAAUCGCAUGCCAAAUACCCUGAACUUGAACCUUUGUUGUAUUGGGUCUACGCAACUCCUGAGUGCUUAAACCUGCCGAGAGACGUCCCUUGGUUAAGCGUCGGAACGCUAUUCGGCCGUCAGUGCGUCCCUUAACGUCGUAACGCGAGUUAUGUUGUGGAUUUUGCGAAGAACGCGCGUCGGCCUUACGUCCGCGGCAUCGCUCUUAAAUGGAAACAACAAUGAAAGUCGUCCAGGACAUAAGGGUUACAACAAAUUAUCUGCAAAAGACGACACCAGAACAGAUUCACAAACCAACUCUACAAAGAAUAUCGAUUUGUUAGAUAAUGAAUUGGCUAAUACGGCUAAUAAUGGAAAUGCAAAUGGGAACGCGACUUUGGUAGAUUCAGAUAACGAAUCAAAUUUUACCGACGUGGAUUGCGAUGAUGGAGGAGGAUACUCAGAUGAUUCAGAUUAUGAAGAGGCCUUGACUUGUAACGUAUGUGAUCGAACAUUUUCUUGUCCAAAACAACUAUCGGCACAUAAACAGAAGAAAAGGCAUUUUGGAUGUUCUGCUUGUGACUCAAUAUUUUCUUCCCUAAUGGCACUGGAGCAUCAUAAAGAAGAAUUUGAGCAUUGGUCCGAUGACGAUGAGAUAUACACCGAUGAUUCAGAUGAAGACGAUGAUACAGUGAUAAGCGAAGAAUGCGAGCGAUUGUUAUAAAUAACAGUAUUAAUAACAUCUUAUAGACUUUACGUGCAAACAAAUAAUCGAUCAAAAGUAUAACUAAAUUGCGUAAUAAAAUAAUUUUUUUGAAGUAAUAAUUUAAAAGAGAAAUAUUUGUCUUUUAUGCAGGGAGUAAGUAAUUUUUUAGCAAAAUAUCAUCAUUGCUUUUUAUACUGGGCCCAAUAAGUAGUUCAAGCAUUUUGACAAAUUACUGAUAGGUUUAACAGUAUUUGUGUAUUAGUUUUUUAAGUAUGUAAAAGUCGUUACGUAAAUCUACUAGACGAGUUGUAUACUUUAUAUUAUAAAAAAAUUGGACGUAUCUUUUUCUUAUAAUAAGGUAUAAUAGAAAGAACAUUUUAUUUGGCAAUAACUUUGGGGCCAACUUAUAUUGGUUUUGGCCUUGGGUCAAAAUUAAAAAGCCAAUAACAUUACAUUUCUAAAUUUUAUAUUUUUUUUUCAGUAUUUAUUGAUUAAGUUAGCUUUGAGCGGCGAUAAUCGGGUAAGCCUAAUUACGUGCAACCUCGUUGAUUUUUACGCUCGUUUUAUAGAAAAUCACUUGAUACUCGAAUAAUAUGCUGUGGUAAAUGAGGGGUUCCAUUCCAAAACUUGCCUUCUCCAUAUUGAGUAAAAUUUCACAAUUGGCAAAAAACGUUUUAGAAGAUUUUCAAAUACAAAUUUAUGCAAAUUUAAUAUGUAUGGAUUUACUAUAAUCAUUUGUGUGCUAAUUUUAGCAUUCAUUUAAAUCCUGUUUAUUCAAUUUCCAUAAAAUUUAUUAAAACAAUAUGCACAAGACAAGUUUUGGCAUGACUGCAUGGAUAAGACAAGUUUUGGCACGAAAAAGUACAGCAAUUGACUGAUCUUAUUUUUUUUAUUAAAAAAAGAUAACAAUAUUUAAAAAAUCGUAAUUUCUUAAAUUCUUAGCGAAAUAUCUUCUUCCACUCCUCCUUCGCAAAAUUCAUUAUUUUCAGUUUCUUCGUCCAUUCUCUCAAUGCUUUUCUAAUGUUUGUCGAAGAAAUUUUCAUAAAAUUCUAAAUCAUUUCUCUCCAUCCAA